AUGGUGCGCACAAAAAACCCUUCGCAAAAAGGACCACGGAGAGGCCCUAUCGGCGCCAGCAACGCUCCCAAACCUAGAUUCCCGAUCCAACGCACCGAGAUAUGGGAUAACAAGGUCAAAAUCUUCGGCUGGCCAUCACACGGUGGCGUGAUCGUCCUGGACAACGCGACCCUCGUUGAUUUGGAUUUUCUUGGCUGGGAUACAGUGAAUCCGCCCCUCAAGCGCGACCGCGACCAAGAUGCCGAAGAUGAAGUGUGUCAACGUUUGUUGCUGCUUGGCGCAAUAUGGUUUGAUAGCCAGGAGCGGUACGAUAUAGCUGCCGCAGUAGAAGAUGAUUUUGAUCCGUUGGCGUCCAAGGUUGAAACUGGUGAAGCUCCGCGUCCAACAAAGAUGGAACGGCGGUGGGUGAGGGUUGGAUGGCCGAGUCACGGGGGCGGAUUCUGGGUCGCUGAAUUCGAUAACCACGUUUUUGGGCCUCCAUGGCAGGGUCCUGGACUGCCGGGUGAGACAGCACACUUACUCUUAGCAAGAAACAUGGAUGAGAAAUGCGAGAUCUUGCAGCAGCUAGGCGGCCAAUUUCUGGCAAACCUGGAAGACUAUCAGGGAGCCGGGUGCUUGAACGCUUGGAACAAUAAAGAAACGGGAGAAGUUGGUCCGCUUGUGAUUACGCGGUAUGUUGAAUGGUAA